UGUCAUCCAUCCUCUUCGCUCAUCAAUCACCCCGACAUCCACUUGCACCCACCAAUACCAGCCAUUUAAAGUUAUCAGAUCCGUGGCUGCAGCAUGCCAAGCCACGGUUGAAUACCGUCCUGCCAAAUCCCUCGCGUUGUUUGUAUGAGCCGUUGCGCACCAGACUGCCACUUCAUGCUGGGCAUGCCUUGGCGGUGAAAAUUUCUGCGGCCUCAGCUGCGAAUGUCGCUAGAUGUACCAUCUUGGGGCGAUACUUUCAUGGUACUUCGAGGCUUUUACCUACCUAAAAUGUAUUUGCGAGCUUCCAACUACAUCAUAUGGGUCCGUAUAGGUCGGUAGCUUACAUCGAGGGUCGGCUACCUGCCAUGACGCUACUGAACGGUGAUAUGUACUACUUAUGUAGGGACGGUAAGGGAGGUGUCAACUCGAGCGGUAUGGCGAUGGUGUGUUUGCUUUACGGGGAUAUGCUUGCUCCACCGAAGGUUGCCGUCUCCGAGGGUGCUGAGCUGCUAUACGCGUGCCAUGACAUCGUGACGGUUGUCUAACUUGCGAGACUAUUCUCCCCCCAUCCGUAACCAGGUGAGACACAGAUCUGUACUGCCAAUUGAGUUUCAUGGUGAUCUGUUGUAUUACUGCUGAAAGUGUUACUCUUCCAUGAAAUGACAAUGACGCCUUCAUCCGACAAUGAGCCAAUCCUUAAGCUCCCACACCCAUACCAGACACCCUACGGCUUCAAGAAGACUUCGCGGACAGCUGAAGCCUCAGUUCCCUUGUUCCAGAUCAAACUACUCACCACUAGCGACAAGGCCACUCUUCCACCUGAGCCCUUUCACAAUGACCAGCUCUUCUUCACCGAACCUAUAGAUCUCAAGUCUAGCGAGCGACCUCCGGAAUCCAACAAUACACCAUGGGGUCGCGCCCGCCGCUCGCCCUGUUCAACCUGGGUUUGGGAUGGCGAACAACCUCCCACAGUCGGACAGGCAUGGCUAGCUAUCUACGUGCUAUUCACGCUUCGACCGUCAAUGGAAGGUUUCCGGCUCUUGCUCACAGGAACGGGUAAAGAAAUACUCUCAUCGCAGCUCAAGACCGUCCUCCUCGCCAUUGACCACCCGAUCGCCACGGGCCUCACCGACGAGCUCCUCGUUCCCCGAAGCACCUUCUGGCAGGGCGCUGGCUCACCUUUCGGGCCACGAACGGCGUGGAUUCCGGAAGACGUCGAGACUAUGUCCAAGCCGCUCUCCUCGUACCCCAUCACACCCCUUGAGAACGUCAUGACUCGGGAACCGGGACAGGUCCUCACGUGGCACCCGCGACGCCCCGCGAAACCGCGUCCAGGUUCGGUCAUUUACAGCCGCUGGAUCCCGCACCUGCGCGAGACGUUCAGCAUGAUUGCGAUGGAUUGGGAGGACCCCGAACACCUCCGCCUGUUCCACGAGUGGCAGAACGAUCCCCGCGUCUCGCAGGGCUGGAACGAGACGGGCACCCUCGAGCAGCACCGCGAGUACCUCCGCAAGCAGCACGUCGAUCCGCAUCAGAUCACGAUAUUGGCGCGUUUCGAAGACAUUCCCUUCGCGUAUUUUGAGGUUUACUGGGGCAAAGAAGACCGCCUCGGCGCCUACUACAGUGCAGGUGACUUUGACCGCGGCCGACACUCCCUCGUAGGCGACGUGCGCUUCCGCGGCCCCCAUCGUGUCACAGCGUGGUGGUCCAGUCUAAUGCACUACAUCUUCCUGGACGAUCCGCGCACCAUGGCCAUCAUCGGCGAGCCGAAGUACACCAACAGCUCGGUGCUAGCAUACGAUUUCAUCAACGGGUUCGGGUUGGAUAAGUUUGUCGACCUCCCUCAUAAGCGGUCUGCGUUCAUGCGAUGUUCCCGAGAGAGGUUCUUCCAGCUGUCGCCCUUGCAUGAGAGCGAGAAGGUUGUUGGAGGUACAUUGGUCGGCCUAUUGCCUAAGUUGUAGAGAGAUAUAUACUUACAAAAUUAAUCACAUGUGAAUCGUGUUUCAAUAAACUACGCGAUGAACAAGGG